UUUCACCAACAUACCGUUUCCUGUUCUAAAGCUUCCUGCGACUGAAAUCCCACAAUUUGUCCUCAACAAGAUACGGCUGCUUGCCAUGGCCUCUCCCUGGAUCUUACUGGAGAAGGAUGUGUUUAACCCCCAGAAUGAGAGACUGCUGGAAAUUGUCCAUGUCUGGAAAACGGGAAAGAAGAGGAAGAACUCCAUCCUCUGUGUAGCUGUGGCUGCUUGGAGGCCAAUGCAGUUGUUCCUAGAGAAGGUAAAGAAGGCAGAUCGAGGUGAUCAGUACAAGAUGACUGACAGGUGGCCCUUAAAGGAUCUGAAGCUGGUAGAUGGGAAGAAUGUCAAUCAGGAAUGUCUGGAGUUUGAGUUGCAGUUUGAUAAGGUUUACAAGUGGACAGCUGUCAGUGCUGACGAGAAGAAUGCCUUUAUCAGAUGCUUGUGGAAGCUGAACCGACGAUACCUUUCCAGCAGCAUUGCAUUUGUUAGCAUCCCCUCCUGCAUGCUGGAAGGGAAACAGAGUCUACAAGAGGUUGGAAACGCCAGCGCAGAGGCUGGGGACCAGGCUGAGCACAGUGCCUACCAGGAGAUGACACCAAAGGAAACGGCUGACAUGCUGAAGCUAAUGGAGGAGUAUGAGCCGAUAGUGAAUAAUUCCAUGGCCUUUGCAGAGAAGUUGAGCAAAGACCUCCAAGUGCUGGAUGAGGCCAAUCUCCAGGCCAUCAUCUCUUCCGAGAAGCAGGUGACACUGCUGAUGGGCUCCAUUGACGAGGCCCUGGCAGAGGUUGCCAAAGUGGAGGAGACCUUGCAAGUUUAUGAUGAGCUGCUGGGGAGUGUGAAGCAGCAGAUGGAUCACAUCCAGCAGGGGAACUCCUUGCUGCACCAGAUAGACUCCAACCAUGAGAAGCUCAUGAGCGAGAUUCUCUUCCUCACGAGUAAUCUGGACCUUAGCAAGAAGCACCGCCAGGCUCUGAGCCGGGGCGACCUCUCUAGCCCCAGCAAAGUGAAGGCCUGCAUUGCAGCAGCAGAAGCUCUCUCCAGCUGCAUGAACGUUCAGAUACAGCCGGGUUACCGGAAGCUGCAGGCCAUAGCAGAACAGUUGAUCAUGUUUGAAACGCUGAAGCAGAACUUUGAAAACAGUUUCAUCAGCCAUAUUACAAGCAUCUUUGAACUGCAGGGAAAUGGUCAAGUUCCUGCUCGAAUGCAGCAGGCUAGCAAGCUAAUUUCAUCCACCCAUGGGCCCUACCAUGACGACCUGCUACCUUACACUCCACUUAUGGCAUGGCUGAAGAAUGCCAACCCGAUCCUGUUCCAUGACCUCCCCAAGGUCUAUGCCUGGAAUCUUAGCAGACUCUACGAGAGGGAAAUCAAAGCUUUUUUCGAGCUGGCCAGAAUGCUGCUGCUGGGAAGAACAAAGGAAUGUUUUCAAGAAGGUCUAGACAAGCAGGUGGCCUGUGGGAGCAGACAGCACACUCAGUUCUGUCUCGCUGACAGCGGAGAAGGGGAAGAGGAUGAACUGGACAGAGGAAAUGUUGUCAAAGCGCUACAUGGAGUCUACGUCAAGGGGACACAAAUCAAAUGUGGGAGACAGUAUUUAACAAUGUGUGUAAUGUAUCUGAUUGUUUCUAAGCAGAUGCUGGAGCAAGUGUUGAGGGAGCUGCAACCCCUGUGCAAUGCGGAGCAGAGGUUUAUUGAGAAAUUCUUUAUGCUGAGUCAGGAUGCUGCAGACCAAGAGGGGCUGGGGCUACCUGCCACAAGCAAGGGAGGGAAGGAUGUAGCGUUUCCUGAGAAGUCUCAUUGGCCCAAGACUAAGACCGAACUAGAAGAGCAGCCCACCCAGCUGCUGUCUGAAAUCUUCAGUUCCCUGGAGCCAGAGCUGAGAGGAUUUAUAGAUACCUGCAAUAAAGUCCAACAGUUUAGCUGCCUGCAGGUCCUGGUUACCCUGAAUGACUACAUGUUUGAGAUGCAGGGCUCUUCCGCAGCCACCUCCUCCUCCUUCCUCAACGUGGGCCUCAGCAACAUCCUGCUCCUGGCCAAGAACAACUUCAACAAGUGCAUUUGUGUCCUGUGCAAAGAAAUCGAGGAAGCGAAGGUACCUAGCAGGGCUAAGGGUGGGAUCCUGCCUUUCGUCAGCCGAUUUGAGGAGUUCGUGAAUUUCUCGGAGGAUGUGUUCAGAUGGGCUCAGCGGAGAGGCGAGCUGGACAAAGCUCACACCAAACUGGUGGGCAGCGUCUUCAGCAGCAUCAAUAGUCUGGCCUCAGCAAACCUGAAGGUCAAUACGGACAUGGUCAUGAUGGAAAACUUCCACCACAUCCACUGCUUUCUGUACCAAAAGAAGAUCCAGUGCUUGGAAAGCAAGAGAAGGGAAGCCAAGCAAAGGUACCGUGAGCACCUGGAGAGAUAUGUCACCAAGUACCUGGGACAGCCACUGGAGAAACUCAACCAUUUCUUCGAGGGGGUGAAAGCCCGCGUGGCUCAGGGGGUGAAAGAAGAGGAAGUGAGUUUCCAGCUGGCGUACAGCAAGCAGGAACUGCGGAAGGUGAUAGAAAAGUACCCUGGUAAGGAGGUGAAGAGAGCCCUGGAUACUCUCUACAGGAAGAUUCACAAGUAUCUCUCCCCUGAGGAAAACCUCCUGCCGGUGGUCUGGCGAGCCAUGGAACAGGAGUUCAUACGGCAGUAUCAAGAGUUCGAGAACCUGAUCCAGCGCUGCUACCCAGGGUCAGGGAUCACAAUGGACUUCACCGUGGAGGACUUGCUGAACUAUUUUAUCUCCAUCACUCAGUCCAGUAUGUGAAAGCAAUUCCUGCUGGCUAGGCGCGUGGUGAGAACAGCUCCCGCUGGUGCCAAAAAAGCUCCAUCAGCAGCCAAGGAGCUGAAAUGACCUUUUGAAAAUUUACUCCGGACUGACAUUUGGCACAAGAGUUCUCAGCCUAGGUUUAACCCAAUAUGGGGGUCUACUGAAUUAAAGGGGAACUUUAAGUCGUCAGCCUAAAAAUUGACCUUCCCUGAGAGUGGAAGCUUUGGGAUUCCUUUUCCCCCACAGAUCCAUGCACAGCCAAUAAUAAGCCCAAACUGCUGGGUUUCUGUGACUCUCAUGGUGAGUGCUGUCACCUCCUACAGCAUUGCUUUGUAACAUCCUGUCAGAGUGAGUGGUCAUAGAAACCUCCUGUCGGAGCAACCCAUGCUCAUUAGAUCCUUUCUGAGCAUGCACAUCAGCUUCUUUAUGCCAAGUCGCACAGCAUUGAUCAGAUGGGAAAAGGAAGCAUGAUAUAUUUGCAAUUCUGAACUUAUGAAUUUAUAGGAGGGUCCAAGUGGGGAUGUAAUUUUUGGCCACUUUGACUAUUUCUGGUUAAUCUCUCUUCCGCGUUCAAAAUACCUGGUUUUAUAUAAAACUAGAGAUGGAUCCACAGUUAACAAUUUGGAUCUGGAUUUCAAAUGCCCCAAAACGCCAGGGAGCCCAGAUCUAGGGGAUUGGUGCAGCCCAUUGUAAAACUAAGGAUCAUUUGUAAAAUCUGGAUAUGGGUUUGGAUUUCCAACACCCCUAAUGUUUAUAGUUGUUUGGGUUUGAGGUUUUGGUUUAAGUCUGUCUAUACAAAGCACAAAGUUUGUUUCCUUUCCAUAGCUCAGCGUCUCCCACAAGUCUGGUAUGAAUGGGCUAUUCUCCUCCUGUCUGCAGUUUCCACGGGUGGUUCAAAGCUGCAGCAGAGCCUAUUGCUGCCAGUUCUUCGGUUUCCAUAGAAGCAGGCAAAUGGCAGUUUGCUUCUCUCCUGUCCCUUUCUUUUAGAUGUAGUUGUAGCCAUUUUGGUGGCAGUUAUAGGAUUUGUGUUUAUUUUCAAGUCUCCUCACCUCCUCCCAGUCAGGAUCUAAGCAGCACCAGGGUCAGAGACACCCGGAUUGGCCUCAGAGUCCGAAACCAGAGCAGCCCAUUCUCUCUUUGAUAUGUCUGAAAUGAGCCAUCUCUCUGCUUGACAAGAUCAUUUCCACAGCAUUUGCCCAAUAGCAGCUGGACAUGCCAUAAGGGGUGGUUCUUGUUUCUUCCUUUGGCUGCAUUGAAGCAAAUGGAUCCAUGCUUAUGAAUGACGCACUGCAACAUAAAGAGCUUUCCAUCACACAAGUAUGCAUGCUGUUAGCCAUCUCGACUGUUGCUUAAUCUAUCAAUUCUGCUGUACAAAGAGUUUAAAAAUACGAGUUAUUUUAUGUGAUGUUGUUAUGAAUGUUUCAUUUCCUAGGAUGGGGCAAAAACUCUUAUGCAACCUGGAGCAAUUUUCCAGGGAUCUUCCCACUCUUACCUAAUUUAGCUUGUCUGCCCCUUGACAGUAUCACAAGAUAAUAAAAUCCUUUCAGU